GCCCGCGAAAGGCAACCUGGGAAGAGUAGUUUGUCCGGGCACCUACUGGUAUCGCCAACGCGGCCGAAGCUGUUCCCGCCGCUGGAUCCCGAGGUCGUGUCAGGGUGAGCUGAGAGGAGAAAGGGCGUGAAGGGAUAGGGUGAGUCAGGCGCUGGCUACGCGAUAAAGGGAGGCGGCACCGCGGCGAAGGCUCAGUUGAGUAAUUGCAGCCGCGAGCGCAGGCUGUUCUGGGACGCCGCUGAGUCGCCGUCGGCGAGGGAGGCGUGAGGAGGAGCCCGGCGUCUGCAGCCUUUCUGGCCCUAGGGCGCCCCGCCGCCAUCUCCACCAUGCAGUCCCGGGAAGACGCUCCGCGCUCCCGCCGCCUCGCCAGUCCCCGCGGCAGGCGGCCCAAGAGGAUUUCCAAGCCCUCGGUGUCGGCCUUUUUCACGGGCCCGGAGGAACUGAAGGACGCGGCCCACUCUGCCGCCCUCCUGGCGCAGCUCAAGUCUUUCUACGACGCGCGGCUGCUGUGCGACGUGACCAUCGAGGUGGUGACGCCUGGCAGCGGGCCUGGCACGGGGCGCCUCUUCUCGUGCAACCGCAACGUGCUGGCCGCGGCGUGCCCCUACUUCAAGAGCAUGUUCACGGGCGGCAUGUACGAGAGCCAGCAGGCCAGCGUGACCAUCCACGACGUGGACGCCGAGUCCUUCGAGGUGUUGGUGGACUACUGCUACACCGGCCGCGUGUCCCUGAGCGAGGCCAACGUGCAGCGGCUGUACGCGGCCUCAGAUAUGCUCCAGCUGGAGUAUGUGCGCGAAGCCUGCGCUUCCUUCCUGGCUCGCCGCCUUGACCUGACCAACUGCACCGCCAUCCUCAAGUUUGCCGAUGCCUUUGACCAUCACAAGCUGCGCUCCCAGGCUCAGUCCUUCAUAGCUCACAACUUCAAGCAGCUCAGCAGGAUGGGCUCCGUUCGGGAGGAGACGUUGGCCGACCUGACCCUGGCCCAGUUGCUGGCUGUGCUGCGCCUCGACAGUCUGGACGUAGAGAGCGAGAAGACCGUGUGUCACGUGGCGGUGCAGUGGCUCGAGGCUGCUCCCAAAGAGCGGGGCCCCAGUGCUGCAGAAGUCUUCAAGUGUGUCCGUUGGGCACACUUCCCUGCAGAAGAUCAGGACUACCUGGGGGGGCUACUGACCAAGCCUAUUGUGAAGAAGUACUGCCUGGACGUUGUAGAAGGGGCCCUCCUGCAGCUGCGUUUCGGUGAUCGGUUGUACAAGUCAGUGGUGUCCAAGCCAAACAGCAGCCACAGCAGCAGCAGCAACAGCAGCGGCAGCAGUAGCUCUGUGGUAUCUGUAGCAGAGAAUCUGCCACAAAGGUUGGGUAUGUGUGCCAAAGAGAUGGUAAUCUUUUUUGGGCAUCCUAGAGAUCCUUUUCUCUGCUAUGACCCAUAUUCAGGAGAUAUUUACACAAUGCCAUCUCCUUUGACCAGCUUGGCACACACUAAGACCAUUACGUCCUCAGCUGUCUGCGUCUCUCCAGACCAUGACAUCUAUCUCGCUGCCCAGCCCAGGAAAGACCUAUGGGUGUAUAAACCAGCCCAAAAUAGUUGGCAUCAACUGGCAGACCGACUGCUGUGCCGAGAGGGCAUGGAUGUGGCAUAUCUGAAUGGCUACAUUUACAUCUUAGGUGGGCGAGACCCGAUUACUGGAGUUAAAUUGAAGGAAGUGGAAUGCUAUAGUGUUCAGAGGAACCAAUGGGCAUUGGUGGCUCCUGUACCCCAUUCUUUUUAUUCAUUUGAACUGAUAGUGGUUCAGAACUAUCUCUAUGCUGUCAACAGUAAGCGCAUGCUCUGCUACGAUCCUAGCCAUAAUAUGUGGCUGAAUUGUGCAUCUCUUAAACGAAGCGACUUUCAGGAAGCCUGCGUCUUCAAGGAUGAAAUCUAUUGUAUCUGUGACAUCCCAGUCAUGAAGGUCUACAACCCAGCUAGAGGGGAGUGGAGGCGGAUUAGUAACAUCCCACUGGACUCAGAAACCCACAACUACCAGAUCGUCAAUCACGACCAAAAGUUGCUGCUCAUCACUUCUACCACCCCACAAUGGAAAAAGAACCGUGUGACUGUUUAUGAGUAUGACAGUAGGGAAGACCAAUGGAUUAAUAUAGGUACCAUGCUAGGCCUUUUGCAGUUUGACUCUGGCUUUAUUUGCCUGUGUGCUCGAGUUUAUCCUUCUUGUCUUGAACCUGGUCAGAGUUUCAUCACUGAGGAAGAUGAUGCAAGGAGUGAGUCUAGCACUGAGUGGGACUUAGAUGGAUUCAGUGAACUGGACUCUGAGUCUGGAAGCUCAAGUUCCUUUUCUGAUGAUGAAUUCUGGGUACAGGUUGCACCUCAGCGAAAUGCACCAGAUCAGCAGGGUUCUUUGUAAAUAUUUGAGACAAUAAGAUGUUUCUACUGUAUGGAAUGUAUCUUAAAAUGGUACCCCUUUUCCUGAAGAAGACAAAGUUGAUUAGAACUGGAGAUUUGGUUUAGAAAGGGAAGCAAGAAAUUGAAAUAGUAAUAUAAUAUACAAAAUUUAUACAGUCCCCAAAAUCAGCUUAUUUCAAUAAUUAUUUACCUUGCUAAAAAUCCAUGAUUAAAAUAUGCAUAGUGAACUACAUAAAAAUUGAUUAAGGUGUUUAGUCGAAUUUGCUGUUUAAUUAGUACGUUUCUAUUUUGAUUAGCCUAAUUUUGUUAAAUUUUCCCUAGUCUUACAAGAUUUUGUAAUUUGUUAUUAGAAAAAUUGGAUUGAGAAUUGUUAGAUUUUGAAGGUAUUAACAUUUUCCUUCAGAAUAACGGAAAACUACAUUUUAAGUGGGUUUUUAGUAUCCUUUAGUUGUUAAAAUCUAGUGUGCUCACCUUCCUUUCUGCAAAGAAAGAACUAUUAUUUUGCUAACUAGUGAUUCCAUGUUGAUAAUGUGCUCAGUGGGCUUACAAGGUCACAGGAAACUUAAAAAUCAGGAUUCCACUGUUUCCAAAGGAUUUCAGCUUUUAUUUUAGAAUUUGAAAAUAUGUAUGUGCUAAAUAUGACCUGUUUCUUCCCUUAAAACAAAACAAGAGCAAAAAACAUCCUAGUAGUAUCCCCAAUUAUUUAAGUACCCUUCUAAACCAAAAAAAUGAAAAAGGUAAUUGGAUUUAUACAUUCACUGUUUUGAUCUGUACGUUAAAUGCUUUUUGACUCAGAGGAACAACCUUUUCUUCACUGGACAUGAUUAAAUAAUGUGAAUUUUUCUUUAUUGGUCAUGCACUGUCUUAAAGAGUUUGUUUGCUUCCCUAAAAUAUUUUGGCUAUAUAGUUUUAGUAUUCAUCUUAGAGGUUUUAUCAGCAGAAAGUAAUUUAUUCCUUAAUGUUUUGUGAAGUAAUAUGGCUUUGAAAAUAUGUAUAAGCUAAAGGCAGUAUUUUAUUGAGAGCAGUAGUUAUAGUGUUUAUCAACUCAAGUUAAGUGCCAGCAAAGAACUUUAAAACUUCAAGCUGUGUAUAGAUCUGUUUUGUGUAGUGUUGAAAUAUUGUCAGUUUUUUAAGUUACUGUAAAAGUUGUUGAUUUUCAGCUUGAAGAUAUUUUUGUAUUAAAAGUUGACUGGUAAGGAAGGAACUUAAGUGGAUGGUAGGUGGCAUUUGGGGCCAGUAGUUAAAGUAUAUGUCUUCACUGAGUAAUACUCCAGUUUCUGUUUCAGUCACCAUAUGUAAGGCAAAGUCCAGAAAUAGUAAGCCACAAAAACUGACAUUGUUACGUUACAGGUGCUUACCUUUUGACAGUUUAUUAAUAUAUAUGGUUGUCAUAAUAAAUAUACAUGACAAAUGGUGUAUAUAUACAGAUGUUUUAUGCUAUAUAAAGUUUUCUAUACUCUUUUAGAGUUAUCUUCAAUAACAUGUAAAUUCCUCUUUACUCUCAAGUGACAAAGUACUAAUUUUUUUUUUUUUUUUUACACUCUGGUAGAGGACCAAAGAAUCUGGUCCAAGAUGGGGAAGUGACUUUUUGAAUGAAAGGAAAUGAAAAAUAAAAUGACAAAAGCAAAUCAAAAUGCCAUGGAUAACUCAAAAUAUUCAUCAUUUUGAUUG